AAUGCUGAGAGGAAUAGAAUCACACCUUUUUGAGGGAGGAGACACAGGGAAAGCUCCGAAGUACUCCAUUACAGAUUAUAUGAAUGAUAAUUUCAAGACUUGUGGAGAGAUCUUUGCUGUGAGUGUAGCACAAGGGGGCCCACCACCCAAUUUUUUUAAUAAAUGGUGCUAUGACUACAUCUGUUCAGGCACUAUUAAUAAGGAAGAGAUGUCCAGAGACAAUGUUACAGAUCCUGAGCUCAUAGAGCUUAUUGAACAGAUUGAUGCUGCAGAUACAAACUCUAUAACCAACCUAUCCGAAAGAAUUUUGGCAAGCGGAUAUUCAGGACCUAUUAUCCAUGAGCGGAAGGCAGCGAUUAUUGAUGCCAUAGUCCUGCACUCCGCGGUACGGAUAAUUCCAGUGUUGCAGCAGAUCUGUGACGGAUUGAAACUGUAUGGCUUCCACAAAUUACUGACUCAUCAUAGUGAUACUUGCCUGCAGCUGUUUGUACCUGGACACCUGAAAAAGGUGAAUGCAGAAUUCCUUGAGCUUGCCUUGGCUCCUGUCUUCAGUGUGGAAGGCUCACUCAGGCGCCAUACAGAGUGUCGCAUUAUAAACUUCUUACAGGAUUUUAUUCAGAAGUUAGAGGAUGAAGAAGAACUUGCCACUCCAGAGGAGAAGGGCACGAGCAAAACAAGUAACUGCAUCACUGUAGGCAGCUUCCUCCAGUGGCUCACGGGACAAGCACAUAUUCCACUGAUUGCAUCACAAAGGGAAGGCUUUAAAAUUCACAUUGACUUUGACCAUGAUUGUAAUGUACGUUAUGGUAAUCACAACAUAUGCUAUCCCGUUGUCAAUGCUUGUGCGACCUCCAUAACUUUUCCAACAAAACACAUUGGCACAUAUCAGGAGUUCCAAGACAUAAUUUCAGAAGCAAUAAAUGGUAGCCAAGAGUUUGGCCGGCACUAGAUUCUUACAACACUAGUGUGUUAUUCCCAUGAUAUAUUGUUGGGAGUUUUUCGAGUAAUAAAUGCUGUAAUACGUUUUAAUGUUAUGACAGCAGUAAUUGAGUUCUAACUGAAUUGGUUUAACAUCAUUCACAAGCUAAACCAGGGGUCACCA